CCGUCCCCUCCUCUUAACCAAUCUCCAUCUCUCUCGCAUCCAAGUUUCUAUCAAGAAACCAGAGAGACAGAGAGGGGAUUUACAAUUAGAAACAGCAGCUAAGCAAGAUGCAGAGAUUUAUAACCAAAAGGGUAUUGUCGUCGUCAGCAAAUUCUCCGCGUUCUCAUCGCUGCUUCUCUCAACUUGCCCAAAAACAAUCCUCCUCCGUUCAUGAUAAUGAUAUCCCUGUUCCCAAACUACCCCCAUUCGAUUAUUCCCCUUCUCCUUACACCGGUCCUUCCGCCGACCAAAUAUUGGCUAAACGCAAACAAUAUCUCAGCCCUUCUUUGUUUCACUUCUUCAGUAAACCUUUAAACGUGGUUGAUGGAAAGAUGCAGUAUCUAUUCGAUGAGAACGGCCGUAGAUACCUUGAUGGUUUUGGAGGUAUUGCUACGGUGUGUUGCGGUCAUUGUCAUCCUGACGUGGUUGAUGCGAUUGUCAAACAAGUCAACCGUAUACAGCACUCUACUGUUCUUUACCUCAAUCAUGCCAUUGCUGAUUUCGCCGAGGCCUUGGCCUCCAAAAUGCCUGGAAACCUUAAAGUGGUGUUUUUUACGAAUUCGGGGACGGAGGCGAAUGAACUAGCGUUGAUGAUCGCAAGAUUGUAUACGGGUUGUCAAGAUAUAAUAUCGUUGAGGAAUGCUUAUCAUGGGAAUGCAGCUGGGACUAUGGGGGCUACAGCACAGUCUCUUUGGAAAUUUAAUGUUAUUCAGAGUGGAGUCCAUCAUGCAUUGAACCCAGAUCCAUACAGAGGAGUAUUUGGUUCAGAUGGAGAAAAGUAUGCAAAAGAUGUCCAAGAUAUUAUUGACUUUGGGACUUCUGGUCAUGUUGCUGGAUUUAUAUCUGAAGCUAUCCAGGGAGUGGGAGGAAUUAUAGAAUUGGCCCCAGAUUACUUGCCUGCGGCUUAUAAAAGUAUCAAGAAAGCAGGAGGCCUUUGUAUUGCUGAUGAGGUUCAGGCUGGUUUUGGACGCACGGGGAGUCAUUUCUGGGGAUUUGAGGCCCAGGGUGUUGUUCCUGACAUUGUGACAAUGGCAAAGGGGAUUGGGAAUGGCAUUCCUCUUGGUGCUGUGGUGACCACCCCUGAAAUUGCAGAAGUCUUGACUCGUCGGAGUUACUUCAACACAUUUGGAGGAAAUCCUUUAUGUACCGCUGCAGGUCUGGCAGUUUUAAAAGUGAUCGAGAAAGACAAUCUUCAGGAAAAUGCACUAGUUGUGGGGUCCCAUCUGAAAAAGAGACUGACUGAACUCAAGGAUAAAUAUGAAAUCAUUGGAGAUGUGAGGGGAAAAGGAUUGAUGCUUGGUGUUGAACUUGUAACUGACCGCCAACAGAAAACUCCAGCAAAGGCUGAAACUCUGCAUGUAAUGGAGCAGAUGAAAGAACUGGGGGUCUUGAUUGGGAAAGGCGGAUUCUAUGGCAACGUUUUUAGAAUUACACCUCCGCUAUGCUUUACUAAAGAAGAUGCAGAUUUCCUUGUGGAUGCGAUGGAUUACACAAUGUCAAAGAUGUGAAGUCUACAGCUAUAAUGUAGAUAUAGAUGUCUAUUGGGUCAUUCACAAGCUGGUCACAAGCUGGUCCUACUGGUUGAUCAUGUGCUUUUCAUUGUGAGUGAAAAACAAUGAAUGCAUAAAUAGGUUUGUACCUUGAAUAAUUUGCUAGGACAAAGUUUAACGAUGAGUCAACCGCUCGUUGUCUCUUGGGAACCUCUCUUUGGGUUCUUACUUCAAUAAUAAUUUGCAUGAAUGUUUCUUUCUUUGUUUGGAAAA